ACGAUCAUCGACGAUCAUGAUGAUGAUGAUGAUGAUGAUGACGAUGAAUAUGCUGCAGCUGUUGUGAAUUAAAGCUCGCUCCUACGUAUUAUCGUAUAUAAAGUGCGUGUGAUUCGUUCAGACUUGUGUUGUUGGGCAGUCGUUGAACUCGACGUUGUGUCGUCACUCGACGUUGUUUGUUGUGUGCCAUCCAAGUGUCGCGUUACAACACACAUCUCUCCACUUCGGAAAGAUAUCGUCGUACGCUCAGCUUUGUGCGUGUGAUUUUUUUUUCUCCUCGUUUCCUUUGUGAUUUCUUCGCUGCUGCUGCUACUGCUGCUGUGCUCUCUCUGUGUUGUGCGUGUGCAGUGCAAGUCAGUCGUCCGCGCGCAAAAAUAAGUCAUAAUAACAACUACGAGUUUUCUCUGCUGCGGAAUCGCAAUUGAAUCCUGGACAACUCUGUGUAAUCCUCGCGAAGAUUCCUAUAUGAUUAUACGAAUCUUUGAUAGACUCUUGUGCAGGGGAAGAGUAGAUAGAUGAGCCAUUGAAUCAAAUUUCUGUUGAUUGCUGUAUUUCUAUGAUGUUUUCAUCAGGUAUUGGAUGUAACUUACCAUUUCCUAGCUGCCUUGGAUAUCCACCAGAUAGUGAAGAAUUGAUUCCCAAAAUGGCUCGAGAACCUAUUACGCUUAAUGUCUAUGACAUGUACUGGAUCAAUGAGUACACAACUCCUAUGGGAUUAGGAGUCUUCCAUUCAGGAGUAGAAAUUUACGGAACUGAAUAUGCAUAUGGUGGACAUUCACUACCAAUAAGUGGUAUUUUUGCCAUUCCUCCACGUUCUGCUGAAGAACUAGGAGAACAAUUCAGAUUUAGGCAAUCUGUACACAUUGGUUACACAGAUUUCACAGAAGAAGAUGUCAAUCGAAUUAUUAAUGAAUUAGGCAAAGACUUUAGAGGCGAUCGUUAUCAUCUUAUGAAUAAAAACUGCAACCACUUUAGCAGUCAAUUUACUCAGAUUUUAUGUGAUCAAGAGAUACCAGGCUGGGUUAAUCGUCUGGCCUACUUCAGUUCCUGCGUCCCGUUUCUGCAGCGCUGCCUGCCGAAACAGUGGCUGACGCCGCCGGUCGUGUUGUCGCACUCGCUCAGCCAGAGCCACGACGGUAGCACGCCGCCCUCGGACAUGUCCUUGUAACAGGAGCUGCCCUCGCGCGAGCGGGAUGUUGACGACAAUAACGAUCAUCAGCAACAUCAACCCGGCUCGUCGCGAUCCUCCUGAAUCAGGUAUGGAUUGAGUGGUAGUGAGUUACUGGCAAGUGCUACGAGAAGAUUUCACAUGUGGCGACGACAUAACUUUUGAUCAAGAUUUAUGGUGACUAUCGCGAAUUUUUUUCUUUUCUAUUGGAAUGAAACAAAUUCGAUAUCAUCGGUAAAAAAUAUAAAAUGUUACUUUUAAUCAUUUAAUCAACUAGCAGUGUUAUUGAAUCAAUUAACCAUUGUAAAUAUAAAAUGUGGUGGUGUACAAGAAAUUAUUAAUAAUAUUAUAACGAAUAUUAUACUUUAUUAACAGUU